CUUGAAGUCAAAGUUCGUGACGUCAGACAAUCCUAAUUGACGAAAAUGGUAACCAACAUUACAUUGAUUCUAACGCUGAUGACCUUGGCCUCGGUGACGGCGCAGACGUUCCAGUACUCCCGCGGAUGGACGAAUGGAAAACGAGACGGUCACAAGCGCGACGAACUGAGAGACGAGGUCUUGGAGAGAAUCCUGACUCCGUGCCAACUGGACAAACUCAAAUACGUGCUUGAAGGGAAACCUCUGAAUGAUAGGCUGUUCGUGCCGUGUGAUUACAUCGAAGAAGAAGUCAAUCAGCCUAAGAGGUACAAAGGGGAACGCAACCAUGAACUAUUCGAUGUUUUUCAAUAAAAAAAUUAAAAUGAAAAAAAAAUUACAAAAAAUAACACGUGCCAAAACAUUUUAAAACGAGAUUAUGUAAUGAAAAUUUGAUUCUUAAUACGUUAUUUAAUUGUAAGUUUUGAUGUAAAGAUUUUUAAUAUAGAGCAAUGCACGUCUCGGCUGGAUUCGUGCAUUGUUUGAUGAUUGAAUUAUAAUCAAAUAAAAGUAACUCAUUUUAUUUACGUGGGAUG